AUGGCCCAUCGCAUCAUAACCCAAGUCGUCAUAACCGGCUCACGAGUUCUUGGGCGCGCCCUCACCGAAUCCUGGAAACAAGCGAAAGCCUCUUCAGCAUACCAAAAGGCGCAACAAAAUGGUUCUGCUUCGGGUGGUCCAAGUUUCUCCUCCAAUGGUCUCACAUUAGAUGAGGCCUGCAAGAUUCUCAAUGUUAAACCACCAAAAGAAGGCAAGAUGGAUAUGGAAGAUGUAAUGUCGCGGUUCAAGAAAUUGUUCGACACGAAUGAUCCGAAGAAGGGAGGAAGUUUUUACCUCCAGAGUAAAGUGCUGAGAGCGAGAGAGAGGUUAGAGGGCGAAGUGAGGGUUAAGGCGGAAGCAUUGGAGAGGGAGGCCGAAUUGGAGAAAGGGUGGAAACCGAAGGAUGGAUAA